AUGUCCAGCUCCGUUCACGAGAAAGAUGGCAGUUCAAACAGCCCUGAUAAUGAUUCUAUCUCCGUACAUGAACGACCAAAGGGUCUGCGUGGUGUUUACUAUCACCCCAUAACGCAAAUUGUCAUGCUUGCUUUUGUCUGCUUCUUAUGCCCCGGGAUGUUUAAUGCCCUCACUGGACUCGGCGGAGGCGGCCAAGUCAACCCAACGAUUUCUGCAAACUCGACUUGUGCGUUAUACGCAGCAUAUGCGUUUUUCGCAUUCUUCUCCGGAACUGUCAACAACAAGAUCGGCGCUAAGCGUACUCUGCUCUUUGGAACAUUGGGCUAUGCGCUCUAUGUCAGUUCUUAUCUGCGAGUUCUUGCAAUUAAUAUUCACCCUGGCGCUGGUUGGUUUGUUAUUACCUCGGGUGCCCUUCUCGGUGUCACUGCUGCGUUCCUGUGGACCGCUCAGGGCUCGAUAAUGCUAAGCUACUGUACUGAAGCGCAGAAAGGCGUUUUUAUCAGUAUAUUCUGGUCCAUUUUCAACAUGGGAGCAGUCGUAGGAGCUACCGUGUCCUUUGGGCAGAAUAUCCACUCAACGACCAACAGUGUCAGCAAUGGAACAUAUGUCGGAAUCCUGGUUCUCACACUACUUGGGGUGACGAUUCCUCUUCUGAUGGCCGAUCCCGACAAGAUGAUCCGCACGGAUGGUACGAGGGUCAUGAUGCCUCGCCAUCCGUCAUGGAAGUCCGAAUUUUAUGGCCUAUGGGUUGCAAUCAUCACAGACCCCAUGAUCCUUCUGCUUUUCCCGAUGUUUUUUGCGAGUAAUUACUUUUACACAUGGCAGUUCAACGAUUACAACUCAGCACUGUUUAACAUCCGCGCGCGAUCUCUCAAUAAUUUUAUGUACUGGCUUUCGCAGAUCAUUGGCAGCGUAAUAAUCGGCAUCAUCCUAGACACCAAGUGGCUGCGGAGGCGUGUGCGCGCGUUCGCUGGGUGGGGUGUUCUAAUGGUGAUGGCAUUCACAGUGCACAUCUGGGCUUAUUAUUACCAACGGACAUACACCCGCGCUUCCGUUCCCCCAGACUCGCAGAAGAUGGAUAUUUACGAUGCGAGUUACCCAGCGCAUGUUUGGCUCAUGAUAUGCUAUGGAUUGCUGGAUGCGAUGUGGCAGACGACGAGCCUCUGGCUCAUCGGUGCCAUGAGCAAUGAUACGAAUAAGCUGGCUAUCUACUCCGGGUUUUACCACUCCAUUCAGAGCGCUGGGGCUGCUGGAGUGUGGCGGAUGGAUGCGUUGGGGCUUCCCUACAUGAACAUCUUCCUCUCUACGUGGUGUCUAGUUGUCGCUGGUCUUGUGUUCUGUUUCCCGAUGAUCUACCUGCGCAUCAGAGAUACAACUGUACUCGAAGACGAAGGCUUAAUGCAGAGAGACCAGGAGAUGGAUACUAUGAAGGCGAAAGGGAUGAUUGAGAGCGAGAAUGAAAUAGCAUGA